AUGAAGUUUGUCAUCGUUUUCGUUGCCCUGUUCGCUCUGGCCUACGCUGCUCCUGGCAAUAUUGAUGGAGAUGCCCAGACUUUGCUCUAUAAAUCAGAUGUUGGACCUGAAGUUUGGAACUCUGCCUACGAGACAUCCAAUGGAAUUAAGGCCGACGAAGACGGCAAAGCCAUCAAUGUUGGCACCGAUCACGAAUCAAUCGUUGUCCAUGGCUCGUACUCCUUUGUGGCCGAUGAUGGCAAGACCUACUCUGUGAACUAUAUUGCCGAUGAGAACGGUUUCCAACCCCAGGGUGAACAUCUCCCUAAAGCUGUUUAA